AUGAAAAAUUAUUAUUGUGAAAUAAUACAAUAUUUAUACAGAAUAAUAUUAAAAGCAAGUAAGAGAUAAUAAGAAAAAGAUAAUAAAGAAAAAUAGAAAAAUAGAAGGAAAAGCUAUCUUUUGGAGAAGAUGAAACAGUUUGAUUUUGUAUAAAAUCAACCUAAAAAUGAAAUUAUAGAUUAGAAUCUAUUAAAGAAGCAUGUAGGUUUCUUGUUAAAGACAGAUAUUAAUAUGAAUGAGGAAUAGGAAUAAGAAAUAUAAAAUGAUAGUUCUCAUCUUGAAUUAGAAUAAUAAAAAAUAAAAAAUGUUUUUAAAUAUCUUGAUUAUUGUAGCAGAUAAAAUUCCAUUUUAUUUUAGUAUUAGUAGUGGUAUGAGGAAAAAUCUUAAAAUCCACCCAAUAAACAAGAAAUUAUAGAAUUUAUAAAUAAAGGAUUAGAAAAUUUCUUCACUAUUAAUAUUGAUAGUACAAAAAAAAUUUCCAAACAUCUUGAUUUCAGAAAUUAAGAAAUUUUUGAUAUUGCAGCAAAAUUUAAAGAUUAAUUGUUUGGAGAUGUCAUUCAAAAACUUAUGAAAAAAGAUAAUUUUACUUUGAAGUACGAUGAUAAACUCAAAAAGUUAAUGUAAAUCUAUGUAACAUAUUUAGAGAAUGGUAAUUUAUUUAAUGAGUAAAAAGAUCGUGUUGAAAAAAUUAAUAAUCUUCUCUAGGAUUUUAAGUUAGAUGAUAAAUUUGUAGAUAUUGCAGAUAGAAUAAUUGAAACUCUGGAAAAUCCCGAAGACAAUAGCAAGAGACUGAAGAUAGAAGAUUUUGCUAUCAUACAAAUUUUCUUUAAAUAAGCUUAUAGAGCACUUUAUUCUAAUUCUAAGAGUGAUGGAAUAAUUAAUGGUACUUUAAUAUAAAAAGAUAAAUUUUUUUACGUAUGUUUCAUGUUAGGAUAUGCAUUCUUAUUCUCUUAGAAAUAAUAAAGAAUAGAAGAUUUGAUGGCAGGUAAAAAAGAAAAACCUUAAGAUGUCAAUAUUUCAUAAGAAGAAAAGAAUGAUUAUUUUAUAAAACUAAAUCAUUUUAUUAACAGUGAAAACUUUAAAAAAUUAGAUAAAUAUUAGAAAUUAUAAGUAUUAUUAUAAUACAAUAUGUUUAAAAAAGAAUACUUAUUCAGCGAAAUAGAAUAUACUGAUAAUAUGAAAAUAACUACUUAUGUUGAAGUUUAUUUGUUAGGUUUAAACAUUAUUCAACAAAAUAUUGACAAAUUCGAAGACUUAAACCAUGUUGAUGUUCUAUAGAAAAUGGUAUUUUAAGAUAUUGUCAAUUUCCAAGUUCAGCUAGGAAACAUCGUUUCUCAAAUAAAUUAUAAUUAUUUGGAAAAAGAUGGAAUUAUAGAUAAUAUUAUAAAAUCAAUUCCUGAAAUUGUCCAACAAAAUAAGUACCAUAUUAAGACAUAUAACGUUCCUUAAAUGAUUAAAAAUUUCUAAAGAAAAGCAGGAAUUUUCUUUGAUAUCAGUAAGUAGAAUGAAUAAACUUAUAUUUAUCCUGUAAUUAUACCAUAUCUACGUUUUGGCAGUUAUGAAUUUGAUUUUACCAAAAAAACAAAAAUUAGUUAUAAUAUUGUUUAAUUUUUGUCUUUAAAUCCUUGUUGUUGUACUUAUUGGAAAAAUGUUUAAUAUAAUCUUAUACUUAAUGAUGAUAUUUUACUUUAAAAUAAAUUCGAAAGAAAACAUUUAAUCUUGCCUUAUAAACUGAAAUUUUGCUCUGAAGGUUUGUUUUAUAACUCUUUUUGGAAAAACGUUUUAACAGACAGACCCAUAGGAGUUUCUGAUUUCUACUUCUUUUAUCAUAGAAAAGUUCUUUUUAGAUAAAAUUGA